UUAAAUGGUCACUCUAGUCUGUUUGCCAAUAUUUUUCUACUCUAUGGUUUUCAUUAUUUCUAGAAAAUUCGGGCACAGACGGAUGAAUCGGAUUGCAGCGGAAACCGGCGUUCGUUUGUGAUUGAUUUACCAAUUGUCAUACUAAGACAACGUGUGUCUGCUCGUGUGAUUUGUAAAAAGGCGAUAAUCUUUCGAGUGCAAAAUUCCAAAUCUUCUAAGGCACCAUGGCUGCUAUGUCUGUAAUAGGUAUUGAUUUCGGCAAUGAAUCUUGUUAUGUUGCUGUGGCAAAAGCAGGUGGUAUCGAGACAAUAGCCAAUGAUUAUAGUCUCCGAGGAACUCCAUCAUGUGUGGCCUUUUCACAAAAAAAUCGAAUAUUAGGUGUAGCAGCAAAGAACCAAAUGGUGACGAACAUGAAAAACACUGUGUUUGGCUUCAAGAGGCUCCUUGGGAGGAAAUAUAAUGAUCCUCAUGUUCAGAAAGAAUUGAAACACUUUCCAUUCAAAGUGGAGCAGAGAGCUGAUGGAGGUAUAGGCAUAAGAGUCAGCUAUCUUGGGGAAGACAAUGUCUUUAGCCCUGAGCAGGUUGGCUAA